AUGGACCAAUCUGAGGCGAAGGAUGCAGCAGCGGCGAUCGCGGCACCAGGAGCUGGGGACGGCACAGCGACGGAGGCCCGGGUCGCUGCAGACGCCAGCAGCUUCGGAUUGCCUUUCAUCCUGAAUUACUGGAAAGAGUUUGACUUGGAGAAUGCACGGACGUCAUUGGACGAGCAAGGGCUGAAGAUUGCAGAGAAUCAAGAGGCGAGCUCCAAGAACCGGCGGAAGCUGGCAGAGUCCACACGAGACUUCAAGAAGGCAGGUAAAGAGGAGCAGAGCAGGCUGUUUGGCGCACUCCUCAAGGCCUACCAGGAGGAGGUAGACAACCUCACAAAGCGCGCCAAGUUUGCGGAAGCAGCCUUCCUGGGCGUCUACCAGAAGCUGUACGAGGCUCCGGAUCCCGUGCCGUCCCUGGCGUCUGCUGCUGAGGUGGCAGCGAGUGCUGCUGAGCUGGCAGCGGAGAAUCGGCGAAUGCAUGCUGAGCUGGAGGAGUUCCGGUCUGAGUCAGCGCACCUUAAGAACCAGCAGGCGACCGUGCGGCGCCUGGAGGAGAGAAACCGACAGCUGGAGCAACAGAUGGAGGAGAAGGUGAAGGAGAUGGUGGCCAUGAAGCAGCAUGUGCUCGCAGAGGAGAGCCAACGGAGCAUGGAAACACUCAAGUCAAGGGAGGAUGCGCUGCAGGACCAGCUGAGGGCGGCGAGGGAGACAGUGAGCAACAUGCAGCGGCUGCACGAGAUGAGCCAGUCGCAGCUGUUUGAGCUCAAGGCUCAGUCAGAGGAGGAUCGCGCAUCGAAGCAGGGCGAGGUGAAUCUGCUGACAGACGAGGUGGAGCGAGCUCAGGCACGGCUGCUGGCUCUGGAGAGAGAGAAGGAAGCUCUCAAGGCGCAGCUGCAGACCGCACAGCCCAACGAAGCAGCAGAUGGCGAGAGCACGGACAGCAGUGGGGCGAUCGGAUGGGAGGCGGCAGUACGAGCUAAGGAGGCGGUGAUAGCAUCGCUGCACCAGGAGCUUCACACACUGGAGGCAGCUGGGGCGGCUGAGAGGGAGGAGCAGCGGGCGGAGGUGAAACGACUCAAGGCGCUGCUGCAGGAGCAGGAGGCGUCAAUAGGUGCACUGAGAGCGGAACUGGCUACCAGGCCCACGCAGAGGCAGUGGGAGGACCUGCGCAAACAAGUGAAGAUCCUGCAGGCUGUGGGCUACAAUGCAGUGGAAGUGGACGACUGGGAUGAACCAGGCAUGUCAUCCAACGGUCCAGGAUCGUCCUCCGAUCUCUCUGCUGCUGCAGAUGGGGACAGUGGGAAGGGGGGAGGGGAUGGGGGAGUGAUGCGCAGCAGCAGUGGGGCCGACAUUGGGAAGCUGGAGGUAUUGCUGCUGGAGAAGAACAAGAGAAUGGAGCACGAGUUGACCCAAGUCAAGGUGAGUCAAGGUCCGUACGCACAAAUGAGGGAAGUGAGUGGUGCGCAGCAGGAGUGGGGUUGA